CAAGAUUGAUCUGUUUGGAUCUUGGUCCAUGAUGGCCUUUUUAUUGAUUUUGACGAUUGGAUCUCUCUAUGAAUGGAAAAGGGGUGCUUCGGAUCGGGAGUAACCACUAGUGAAAGGGCUAAGGGGGGAAGGACAUAGGAAAGAAGGAUGCCUACAAAAAAUCAAUUGAUUCGUCAUGGUAGAGAAGAAAAACGGCGCACGGACCGUACUCGAGCUUCGGAUCAAUGUCCCCAGAAGCAAGGAGUAUGCCUGCGUGUUUCGACGAGAACACCGAAAAAACCUAAUUCAGCUCUACGUAAGAUAGCAAAAGUACGGUUGAGCAAUCGACAUGAUAUAUUUGCUCACAUUCCAGGCGAAGGUCAUAAUUCGCAGGAACAUUCUAUAGUCUUAGUCAGAGGAGGUAGAGUGAAAGAUUCGCCAGGUGUGAAAUCCCAUCGUAUUCGAGGAGUCAAGGAUUUGCUGGGAAUUCCGGAUCGUAGAAAGGGAAGAUCUAAAUAUGGUGCAGAAAGACCAAAAUCGAAAUGAAUGGAAGAUGCCUCUGGAACUUUUUGGUUCUUUUGUUCGGGAGACAACCAUUGUAGAUUCCAGCCGAGAAGACAAAAAAAGGGUAUCCCCAUGGAGCAGUUUUGGGACUUAUUUCAAAAUCUGAUACACAAAGCGUGGGAAACCGAACCCGCUUUUGUUGUAAAAGUAGCAGCAAUAGUCGUAA